AUGACCAAGUUUCCGCUCGAGCAUGCUCCGUUUCCGUCCAUUCGCCUCAGCGACACCGACCGGAAGAACGUCGUCGAGCUAGCCGACAUGUUCGUGUCCCACACGAUCGAGGACUACGAGGCGCACCUCACCGACAGCAACGGCAUCGUGGACACAGCCAAGUGGGUGCGCAUCAAGCAGUUCGAGGACGUCGUGGUCUUCCAGGACCGAGAGGCGCUCAAGGAGCGGCGACUGUCCCGCGUCAACCUCUCACGAGAUCGCGCGCCCGCCAACGAGCCGCUCAAGCUGCUCUGGUUCGGCACUGUGCGCGGCAACCUCGACGACGUCAUGUACGCCGUCGUCAACCGCACGGCCGAGGAGGCCAAAGUCAAUGCCGCGUACGUCGAGAGCACGAUCCUCGACUUCGCGCUGCUCGACACGCUCGUGCACCCGACGGUGGACGACCCGUUCCGUGGCCUCCAGAUCAAGUGGGCGGUGAACGGCGGCCCCGCGCUCAUGCGCUCGAUGGUGCGGUGCCGAGACUUCGUCUACGUCGAGGCGACGGGCACGACCACCAUUUCGACGGGCGAGCGCAUUGGCUUCCACCUCCUGCACUCCAUCGUCAUCCCCGGAGCGCCGGAGCUCCACGAGCACAAACUCGUUCGAGGUGACCUCACGCUCUUCCAUUUCUACCGUCAGCGGAGCGAAGAGGUCGUCGAGACGUACGUCAAGGCCUUCGUGGACCUCAAGGGCGACAUGCCGCUCGGGGUCGCGACCAAACUGGCGACCAACGGCCUGGUGUCGGUGUGGAAGCUCGGGGAGUACGCACUGAUGAAGAAGCUUAACUGGCAUCUGGCCCAGAGACGAUCGACGCUACCGACGCCCAUAGUCGAGUUCUGCCGCGUGUGCAAGAAGAUCAUCCGAGGUAGCAUGGUGCGUCGACGCACGUGCAAGAUCUGCGCCAGCCACUGCUGCGCUCGCUGCUGCGUGCCCAAGAAGAUGUUCUUCGUGCCGGCGUGCAGUCGAGCGGCGGCGCACAAGACCGCGCACUUCUGCACGGAGUGCAUCAAGCUGGCGUCGUACGCGAACGGCGCGGACAUUGCGCUGGGCGAGCUGUCCGAGGCCAGCGGCCAGAUCAAGGCGUACACGUACUGGGCCACCAUCUCGCCGACGUCGUCCACGUCCUCCAUGAUGUUGUAG